AUAUCAACAAUGACGGCAAAGUAUCCUUUGAGGAGUUCUCGCUGUACUGGCACAAGAAGGUGCUUAAACUGACGGACCACGCGGUAGUGCGCAAGGUGUCUGUACUGUCCGAUACAUCCACGGGCGAAAGAGAACGAAGAGAAAACAGCUUGUCGAGUAAUAAAUCACCCAAUGGCUCAAGAAAAGGCAGUACAGCUGCACCACCCACGGCUCCCGCAUACGUGAAGAAAUGA